AUGAAUUCUGAGGACGAGAACAAUCUAGAGCUAACAAACAAUAAACAUCCAAGAAAUAUUUGUACCAAUAAGGGACAUCAUUCUGGAGUAUGGUCCUCACCAAGUGAUACUUUAGUUUACAGGUCCUCACCAAGUGAUACUUUAGUUUACAGGUCCUCACCAAGUGAUACUUUAGUUUACAGGUCCUCACCAAGUGAUACUUCAGUUUACAAGUCCUCACCAAGUGAUACUUCAGUUUACUGGUCCUCACCAAGUAGUACUUCAGUUUACAGGUCCUCACCAAGUGAUACUUUAGUUUACAGGUCCUCACCAAGUGAUACUUUAGUUUACAGGUCCUCACCAAGUGAUACUUUAGUUUACAGGUCCUCACCAAGUGAUACUUCAGUUUACAGGUCCUCACCAAGUGAUACUUUAGUUUACAGGUCCUCACCAAGUGAUACUUUAGUUUACAGGUCCUCACCAAGUGAUACUUUAGUUUACUGGUCCUCACCAAGUGAUACUUUAGUUUACUGGUCCUCACCAAGUGAUACUUCAGUUUACAGGUCCUCACCAAGUGAUACUUUAGUUUACAGGUCCUCACCAAGUGAUACUUUAGUUUACAGGUCCUCACCAAGUGAUACUUUAGUUUACUGGUCCUCACCAAGUGAUACUUCAGUUUACAGGUCCUCACCAAGUGAUACUUCAGUUUACAGGUCCUCACCAAGUGAUACUUUAGUUUACUGGUCCUCACCAAGUGAUACUUCAGUUUACAGGUCCUCACCAAGUGAUACUUUAGUUUACUGGUCCUCACCAAGUGAUACUUCAGUUUACAGGUCCUCACCAAGUGAUACUUUAGUUUACUGGUCCUCACCAAGUGAUACUUUAGUUUACAGGUCCUCACCAAGUGAUACUUUAGUUUACAGGUCCUCACCAAGUGAUUCUUCAGUUUACUGGUCCUCACCAAGUAGUACUUCAGUUUACAGGUCCUCACCAAGUGAUACUUUAGUUUACUGGUCCUCACCAAGUGAUACUUUAGUUUACUGGUCCUCACCAAGUGAUACUUCAGUUUACAGGUCCUCACCAAGUGGUACUUCAGUUUACUGGUCCUCACCAAGUAGUACUUCAGUUUACAGGUCCUCACCAAGUGAUACUUUAGUUUACUGGUCCUCACCAAGUGAUACUUUAGUUUACUGGUCCUCACCAAGUGAUACUUCAGUUUACAGGUCCUCACCAAGUGAUACUUCAGUUUACUGGUCCUCACCAAGUGAUACUUCAGUUUACUGGUCCUCACCAAGUGAUACUUCAGUUUACAGGUCCUCACCAAGUGAUACUUCAGUUUACUGGUCCUCACCAAGUGAUACUUCAGUUUACUGGUCCUCACCAAGUGAUACUUUAGUUUACUGGUCCUCACCAAGUGAUACUUUAGUUUACUGGUCCUCACCAAGUGAUACUUCAGUUUACAGGUCCUCACCAAGUGAUACUUCAGUUUACAGGUCCUCACCAAGUGAUACUUUAGUUUACAGGUCCUCACCAAGUGAUACUUCAGUUUACAGGUCCUCACCAAGUGAUACUUUAGUUUACAGGUCCUCACCAAGUGAUACUUCAGUUUACAGGUCCUCACCAAGUGAUACUUCAGUUUACAGGUCCUCACCAAGUGAUACUUUAGUUUACAGGUCCUCACCAAGUGAUACUUCAGUUUACUGGUCCUCACCAAGUGAUACUUCAGUUUACUGGUCCUCACCAAGUGAUACUUCAGUUUACAGGUCCUCACCAAGUGAUACUUCAGUUUACUGGUCCUCACCAAGUAGUACUUCAGUUUACAGGUCCUCACCAAGUGAUACUUUAGUUUACUGGUCCUCACCAAGUGAUACUUUAGUUUACUGGUCCUCACCAAGUGAUACUUCAGUUUACAGGUCCUCACCAAGUGAUACUUCAGUUUACUGGUCCUCACCAAGUGAUACUUCAGUUUACUGGUCCUCACCAAGUAGUACUUCAGUUUACAGGUCCUCACCAAGUGAUACUUUAGUUUACUGGUCCUCACCAAGUGAUACUUUAGUUUACUGGUCCUCACCAAGUGAUACUUCAGUUUACAGGUCCUCACCAAGUGAUACUUCAGUUUACUGGUCCUCACCAAGUGAUACUUCAGUUUACUGGUCCUCACCAAGUGAUACUUCAGUUUACUGGUCCUCACCAAGUAGUACUUCAGUUUACAGGUCCUCACCAAGUGAUACUUUAGUUUACUGGUCCUCACCAAGUGAUACUUUAGUUUACUGGUCCUCACCAAGUGAUACUUCAGUUUACAGGUCCUCACCAAGUGAUACUUUAGUUUACAGGUCCUCACCAAGUGAUACUUCAGUUUACAGGUCCUCAUCAAGUGAUACUUCAGUUUACUGGUCCUCACCAAGUGAUACUUCAGUUUACAGGUCCUCACCAAGUGAUACUUCAGUUUACAGGUCCUCACCAAGUGAUACUUUAAUUUACAGGUCCUCACCAAGUGAUACUUUAGUUUACAGGUCCUCAUCAAGUGAUACUUCAGUUUACAGGUCCUCACCAAGUGAUACUUUAGUUUACUGGUCCUCACCAAGUGAUACUUUAGUUUACUGGUCCUCACCAAGUGAUACUUCAGUUUACUGGUCCUCACCAAGUGAUACUUUAGUUUACUGGUCCUCACCAAGUGAUACUUUAGUUUACUGGUCCUCACCAAGUGAUACUUCAGUUUACAGGUCCUCACCAAGUGAUACUUUAGUUUACAGGUCCUCACCAAGUGAUACUUCAGUUUACAGGUCCUCACCAAGUGAUACUUUAGUUUACUGGUCCUCACCAAGUGAUACUUUAGUUUACUGGUCCUCACCAAGUGAUACUUCAGUUUACUGGUCCUCACCAAGUGAUACUUUAGUUUACUGGUCCUCACCAAGUGAUACUUUAGUUUACUGGUCCUCACCAAGUGAUACUUCAGUUUACUGGUCCUCACCAAGUGAUACUUUAGUUUACUGGUCCUCACCAAGUGAUACUUCAGUUUACUGGUCCUCACCAAGUGAUACUUUAGUUUACUGGUCCUCACCAAGUGAUACUUUAGUUUACUGGUCCUCACCAAGUAAUACUUCAGUUUUCUUCAGCCCAAAGUUUGGCUGUCCAAAUAAGUUUCUCAAAUUUUCACAAAGUAGAAACAAAUAA